CCCGGACAAUUGGACCCGGGACUCCAACCCGGUCUCGGGACUCUAACCCGAGACAGGGUUAAAAGCCUAACGUUAAGUACAUUCACGCCUCACACAUUAUAAAAGUGGUGUUCAUUUGUAAAGAUAAUUUUGAGGAAUAUAACUUGGAAUUAUCAUAAACUUGUGUUUGCCACAAAUCUUAUUGUUUGCAAUCUUUUAUAGAAAUCCAAUCCUUUUUGCUGAGGGAACCAGCGCGACGCUAACUUCCGGGGUUAGCCUACAAAGACACGUCAUACCUGCACCACACUGCUCUAUUAUGAGAAGAAACACGGUAUAGUUCCUGUUUGGUACGUGUGUUUUGACGAGAGAUCGACAUAUAUUUUUACCACGAUACCUCUGCUUUGAAAGUCCUAUUGACUACUAGCGACUCCACAGAGAACUCCACUUCCCAGCAUGCUCUUCGGUCAGAGACAGGUUGCACACAACAUCAGCUGCACAGGACUGUGUAUUUUAACACACCAUUUGCAGCGAUGCGGAGCUUCUUCGUGGUUAUUACGCUCUGCAUAAGUCGCGUAUCUGCCUCGGAUACUAAAGUCUCACAGGAUGCCCUCAGUCCCGGUGAGAGCUAUCUGAAGUCGGUGUGGCACAACAGGCUGUACUUGUAUUCAGCUGCCGCGCUCGUCUUUGGGAUCUGGUUCUCACUGAAGGUGGCUCUGAACAAGAAAAAGUUCUCCAAAGCCGUGAAGAUCAGCGACAACUCUGACGGAGACACUGUGGCUCACGUGUCCGCAGUUAAAAUCUUCUAUGGCUCACAAACCGGAACAGCAAAGGGCUUCGCAGAAGAGCUGUCGGAGGAGGUGAAGACGAUGGGUCUAACAGCAGAGGUGAUUGACAUCAAAGACUACGAUCCAGACGAUCAGCUCGCCGAUGAGUGCACCAACAAGUCCGUCUGCGUGUUUCUCGUGGCGACCUACACCGACGGAGAGCCCACAGAGAAUGCCGAGUGGUUCUGCAAGUGGUUGGAGGAGGCGUCCACCGACUUCAGGUACGGGAAGACCUACCUGAAAGGCCUCCGAUACGCGGUGUUCGGUCUCGGCAACUCUGUUUAUGUCGGCCACUUUAAUACGGUGGGUACCAAUGUGGACAAGUGGCUCUGGAUGCUGAGCGGCGUGCGAAUCAUGACCAGGGGAGAGGGCGACUGUAAUGUGGUGAAGAGCCGCAACGGCAGCGUUCAGGCAGACUUCCUGGCCUGGAAGGUCAAGUUCCUGCUCCGCCUCCAGGCCCUGGUCAAGGGGGAGAAGAAGAGCUGCAGCGGGAACUGUAAGACCGGAGGCUCCUGUACGAACAAGAGGAACGACGGACAGGAGGAUAAGGAAGAAGAGAAGGAAGAGGAGAAGGACAACAGCUCUGAGGAGGAUCUGGUGGAGUCCAGCAGUGACGAGGAGGAGUCUGGCCUGCAAGAUGAGAAAAACUCCGGCUCAGUGGUUGACAUGGAGGAUCUGGGCAACAUCAUGAGCAGUGCCAAGAGAGCAAAGAGCAAAGAGGAGGGUCGAGGAGACGGACAGUUGGUGAAGCUAUCCAAGUUGAAUGGAGUGAAGAAGGUUGAAGAUGAGGGGGAAAGAAGGGAGAUGAUCACCCCUGCCCUGAGAAAAGCACUGACCAAACAAGGGUACAAACUCAUUGGAAGUCACUCGGGAGUGAAGCUUUGCCGAUGGACCAAGUCCAUGUUGCGAGGGAGAGGAGGCUGUUACAAGCACACGUUCUAUGGCAUCGAGUCCCACCGCUGCAUGGAGACCACGCCCAGCCUCGCUUGUGCCAACAAGUGUGUGUUCUGCUGGAGACAUCACACCAACCCCGUGGGCACAGAGUGGCGCUGGAAAAUGGACCCCGCUGAGAAGAUCCUGCAGGAAGCCAUGGAGAAGCACCAGAGCAUGAUUCGACAGUUCAGAGGCGUCCCUGGAGUGAAACCCGAACGGUACGAGGAGGGCCUGGCCGUCAAGCACUGUGCCCUCUCCCUGGUGGGUGAGCCCAUCAUGUACCCCGAAAUCAACAUCUUCAUCCGCCUCCUCCACUCCCACCGCAUCUCCAGCUUUCUGGUCACCAACGCACAGUUCCCUCAGGAAAUCGGGAGCCUGGUUCCGGUUACCCAGUUGUAUGUCAGCGUGGACGCCAGCACCAAAGACAGUCUGAAGAAGAUCGACCGACCGCUCUUCAAGGACUUCUGGCCCCGCUUCCUGGGCAGCCUCCGGGCCCUGGGAGAGAAGAGACAGAGGACGGUGUACAGACUGACGCUGGUGAAGGCCUGGAAUGUGGAGGAGAUGCAGUCUUACUCGGAGCUCAUUGCUUUGGGCCAGCCGGACUUCAUUGAGGUCAAGGGAGUGACGUACUGCGGGGAAAGCGCCGCCAGCAGUCUGACCAUGGCCAACGUCCCCUGGCACCAGGAAGUGGUCGCCUUCGUCCAGCAGCUGGCCGACAUGCUGCCUCAGUACGAGAUCGCCUGCGAACACGAGCACUCCAACUGUUUGCUCAUCGCGCACACCAAGUUCAAGGUGGAUGGCGAGUGGUGGACGUGGAUCGACUACGAGCGCUUCCAGGAGCUGGUCCAGGUUCAAGGGGAGAGCGGGGGACAGCGGGGCUUCUCGGCCCUGGACUACAUGGCCAGGACUCCCGGCUGGGCUCAGUUCGGAGCCAGCGAGCAAGGCUUCGACCCCGUCGACACGCGCUUCCAACGGCGCCACAAAACCAAAGACAUUUCAGGAUGCUGAUUGAUGAGAGAGAGAGAGAGAGAGAGAGAGAGGAUGAACAGAACGGGGACUAAUCUCGAAAGCAAAAAAAAACACAUUUACAAAGUAGGGUUCAAUAUUUAUCCUCGUUGAGUUUCCUGUUUCUCUUUACUGUCCUUGGCUGCCCUCACUCGGACUCUUUGUCCUUCUUUUCAUUUUUUCUUUAAUUUGGAUCUGUCGUUUUAUUUGCUUAAUCAGCCAAAAACUGUCAGAAUCAAUUGCUUUAGACAUGUUUUAGACAUUCCCCUUCUCUUGCAUUCCCCUUCUCUUCUCCUAUACGCACAUAGACCUUUGAUACUCCCCUCUUUCUCUUUGAAGGAGUCAUUAUUAUAAAUGUCAACGGCUUUGAUCCGUAGAACCGUCUGGCAGCACUUGGGAGGGUUUACACGGCUUUAUUGAACCUGGGAGUGGUUUUCAUCAUCAUCAUCAUUUCUGAAAUUGUUUCUUAAUAAUCUAGGUUGGAGUUUGGCAGCUGUCCGAUUAGCAUAUCAGGAGUAGCUCUCCUCCGCUCUCUCAGACAGCCGUCCUGCUGCUCAGUAGGUUGUAUUUACUCUGGUGGGGAAAGAAAGGCUUCAAGGCUUCCGCUGGGAGGGUCCGGCUUCUUAUCGCUCUCUUUGUGCUAUUUUUAAUUGUUUAUGUUUUGCACUGUUGCACAUUCCCAGCAGGGUUGGCGCUGCUUGGUUUCAGCGCUCUGAGCCGGGAUGGUGGACUAUAUCGCAGCUUUUUACAGGUAGUUCUGUCCUUUUGACACGUUUGCUGUAGAUACGUGGACAAUGUUUUUAAAAAAAAAGAAUAAUCACAAUAUAGUUUUUUUUUUUAAUAACUUGACAUCGUAAACUAUGAGAACAUUUUGGAUAUGACUGUUACCGGUUUGGCUGUAUUUGAGCUACACCAACGAAGGAUGACAUUUAAAAAAAAAAAAAAAAAAAAAACGUCAUUUAAUAUAAGAAAGUAGGUAAAGCCACUAAAAGGGAUCGUAAUUUAUUACAGUUUUUUUAUUGCAGUUUGAGAAAGAAUGAAUCAAAAUUCAUCUCCGAACACAAAAUUGAGAUCACCGUAUUCUCAGGUAAUGUCUCGUAUCAUCUCCCAGCUCCUGGGCACAAAUAUGAGUAAAGUCAACGUACUGCCGUCUGAUGGACAGGAUCAGGUACGAGUAGGAAGAAGAGCACCAUGGGGGGAGAUGGAGCUUCAUACUGCGUGCCAGAAUAAAGCCUUUACUGAUAUUUUAGUAAAUCCAGAUGUAAAAAUCAUUUAACUUCUUUUUAAUUCAGAUGUGAACGUUUAAGUCUGUUUUGGUUGGUUUGACUCCCUGUUGGGAGGAGCAGCAGGUGUUGGGAUCCAUCACUGUAAUAAAUGUAUGUGGAUUAA